GUGACUCCUUCCUAGUCGGUGACGUUAUUUUUGUCUAACUAACCUCUUUCGGUUUUUGACGGAAACUUUUCCAACACAUAAACAUCAAAAACAUUGAAACUUAUCUUUGAAGAAAACUAAACAAGAUAUAAAUAUGCUACAAUUUCCGAAAAUAUUUGUGAAUCACGUGAAAUUGUUGGCGAGACCUAUUUUACUGAUCGCACCAGAUCACUUGUCACAACAAACUCGGAAUACCUUUAUUCUCAAAAGAAGACAUCCAGUUCCUCUUUACAAAAAAAAUAGUAAACCCCAUCGUUUUAAAACAAGACAUUUUAUAUAUGAUCUUGUCGAAGAUGCAAAUAUAAGAAGGAAAAAACCGCUCGAUUUGAUUCUGACGCAGUAUGUGUCAGGACUUGGUAAUGCAGGUACUAGGAUAAAAAUGCAUCCGAACCAAGCGUAUGCAGAACUCUUAUUGCCUAAAUUAGCAGAGUAUGCUACUCCCGAAAAUAUUGAGAAAUACUCUAAAUUAUUGGAUCAACAGGAUGCACCAUUUAGUUCUUCUACUGUGGAACAAACAAUGAAAUACUUAUCGCAAAAGCGAAUAACAAUGAUAAUGUCACAGGACGUACCAUGGACGUUAGAAAAAUGGCAUGUAAGAGUAAGCUUUCGAAAAGCUGGUAUUUUAGUACCGGAAGAUAACAUAACAUUGCCUGAGAAACCGAUAUCUGGGCCAAAUAUGGAUAUAGAGGGAAAGGAGUUCUACAUAACUCUCACAAUUAAUAAUUGCGAGCAAGUGAAAGUGAGAUGUAACAUACAUCAUUGGACACCAGACAAGUCUAAACAAGUAUACGUUGAAGAGUUUUAUAAACUGCCAAACGAGCCAAUGUUUCCCGAGGAUAAACCAAUUUUGGAUUCUCUUCCUCCAUUUUGGAUAGAGAAACCACGGAUAAUAUAAUAUUAAAGAGAAAGUGGGGAACGAGGCUAAGACAGUUACUAUCUAUCUAGAAUCAAUAAAGCAUAAAUUUGAUUCUGUUUUACCUUCACUAUACAU